CCUUUUUACUGUCACUCUUUCAGUCUUCCAUUUUCAGCCACUUUCUCUCUCCUCCUUGUUCUCUCUUUCUCACUUUAUAAAUAAAUUUCAGCUGCCAUUUUUGUUGCCAUUUUUUUCAUGGUUGAAACCUUGAAUUCUGAGAAAAGCUUUCAAUUCGAAGGAUCAUCAUCAUCAUCAGAGGAAGAAGACGACGACGACGAAGAAGACGAAGUUGUAGAGUUAAUUAGGGUUUGCAAUUGAAGAUUAAUUGAGUAAUUUUUUGAGUUUGAGAGGAGAGAGAAAGAGAAUGCCAUUGAAUAGGUAUCAGAUAAGGAAUGAAUACAGUUUAGCGGAUCCAGAGUUGUAUAAAGUUGCUGAUAAAGAUGAUCCUGAAGCUCUUCUUGAAGGUGUUGCAAUGGCUGGUCUUGUUGGCGUUCUUCGCCAACUCGGUGACUUAGCUGAGUUUGCUGCUGAAAUAUUUCAUGACUUGCAUGAAGAAGUUAUGGCUACUGCUGCUAGGAGUCAUGGUCUAAUUGUUCGUGUCCAGCAACUAGAAGCUGAAUUUCCUUUAAUAGAAAGGACUCUCCUCUCACAAACCAGCCAUACAUCUUUUCUCUACAACUCAGGUAUUGACUGGCAUCCUAAUCUUCGUAUGGAUCAGAGUUUGGUUACUCGAGGAGAUUUACCUCGAUUUGUAAUGGACUCAUAUGAGGAGUGUCGUGGUCCUCCUCGUCUCUUUCUUCUUGACAAGUUUGAUGUUGCGGGGGCUGGUGCUUGUUUGAAACGCUUCACGGAUCCAUCAUCCUUCAAAAUAAAUUCAACAUCAUCAAAUGGUAGAAAACUAGAAGGACAAAGAGAAAAGAAAACUCGAAGAGUAAAGAAGAGGGGACCACGCUGGAGAAAUGGGGAUACUCCGGAAUCCUUUCCGUCUUCACAUGCCAAACUGCAUCAGCUGUUUCUGGAAGAGCGUAUCGAGAGUGGUGUUAACGAUCCUGCACGUCGUGUGAAACUUAAGAAGAGGCAAUUUACUGGAUCUCUGUUUGAUCAGGAUAAUGUUAGAAGUUAUAUGGAGAAAUUUCUGGAUACUGGUCCGCAAGAGCAGAAAAAAUUUCAUGAAAUAUGUAUUGACCCCCUAGCACUGACUUGGACAUCAGAUAAUGUUUGUGAAGCAGGUCUUGAAAUAGUAGAGAUUGGUGCCAUGAGUCCUGUAAAAGAGUCAAUACGGAAUGACAGAAGCUUAUGCUCGUCGCCUGAUGCUAGGGAAACUGUGGUCAAAUCAUCAAUAACUGAAUAUUAUCAGGAAAGUUUGAAUCUAAAAAAUGACAGAAAAUCUAUGGAAGUGCCUGGACUUAACCAUGAAACUCAUGGCCAUGACAUGAAAACUAUUCAGAAGAUGGUGAAUGGUGAAGAUAUCGCAGAUAGAGAAAGCAAGUCAGAAGUGAGUGUUGAUGAGGCCUGUGAUUUUGAUGAUGGUGCUAGUGAGAUUGAAAAUUAUGUUGAUGCCCUUGCCAAUAUAGAGUCCGAAGUGGAGACAGAUUCUGAAUGUAAGAAAUUUCCACGCUAUAUGAACCAUAAACCCGCUGUGGCAGAUUCUGAUGGAAGUGAACGACAACGGGAGCUACAAAGUGUUUCUAUGGAUUCACAAUCAGUGGGGAACUCAGCUACAUCAGACGAUGGCUACAUUUAUAGCGAGGAGAGGCAGAGUUCUUCAUGCUCAAAUAGUGUGAACACUGUGACUGAGACUACACCUGGUCUUGAUACAGCAGUUAUGGCUGUUCCCACUACUCAAGCCUUUACCUCAGAUUCUGUCAAUAUGUGUUUUGACCAUCAUUCUACAUCUGAGGAGAUUCUUAGAAAAGAGAGAGAAAAGCAUGUAGCAGCCAGUACUGAUCAUUUUGAAGGUGAUGACAUUCUGAAGAGUGAGCAGGAGUUUGGUGAAGCUUUAAAUGCUUCAUCUCCUGCAGAUUUGAAUAAGAAAGCUGUGCCUGUAGAUAUGGAAGCUUGUCUGAAAAAGAAUCCAUCGACGGGCUCAGAAUGGGAAGACCCUUCCAAUCGUGAUGCUGUCGUUGGAGAAACAGAUCGAUGGCAUGCUAAUCAAACUGCUAUGUUACCAUCCCAUAAAACAUUUUCUGACGCUAUGGAGGAUAGCGGGAAUCAUUUUAGUGUUGAACCUUCAAUCCGUGACAAUGAUGAUCAGAAUUCUAGUGUAUACUCUGAUACCUCACAUGGUCCGUCAAAUAGUUCUUAUGGUUUGUUGGUUGAAGGACAUGAUUAUAAUUUGAGAGAGGCUGUUAAUGCUUGUUCAGACAGUGGACCGCCUAGUAAACAUCUACCUGUUUCUGAUCCUACUUCUCCAGAGAAGACAAACUCCAUAUAUGUGACCCAUGAACACCUUUCUGUUCCAUCAACUGAAGUUAAUUCAAGAGAUUUGUACUCUUUCUCAAAUUCUGCAGCAAAUAUUGGAAUACAAGAGCUGCUCCCCAGCAAAACAAAUCCUUGCCGUACAUCUUCUCUUGAUUUUGCAGUGGGAGACCGCCCAUGCUCUUCAGAAGAUCCUAAUAUAGAAGAUAGUACUGCUGUGAGUAAGGAGAGAGAAUCUUCUGCUUCGCUAGUUGACCAGGCUGGGAGAUUGCCCGACAUCUCCAAUCAGUUGCAAUCUUGUACACAAGAAUUUUCUUCCUCUGCAAUUACCGACACAGAAGUCGUCCCUGAGUGUGGGCCUUUAGAAGCUGAUAUAGCUGUUGCUGCAUCUUCCAGGGAGGAAUCCAAUAGUGUGAGAUGUGUCUCUGCAAAUGAAAAAAUUGCAGAUGAUUUUCUCUUGGUGCAAAAGCAAUCUCCCCUUCCAGAUCCUCUGGAAACUCAACAUGAAUGGCUGAACAUUCCCUCAGAGGCAAUGGAUACUAUACAGGAAGAUGAAGUUCGUAAGCAAUAUCCCGGGAAUGAUACCUGUACGGGAUGCACUGUCUCUGUUGACGAUGAUGGGGUUGAAGCUGCUCUUCAUGCUGGUUUGUUGGAUAUGGAGCCUGUCUGUCAGGAUUCCAAUUCCACAUAUCCAGAGGAAACAAAGGCGUUCGAGCUAGAUAGCCUCGUGGUUGAUCCUGUUUCUCAAGCAGCAACCUCGCUUGGUGAGGCCAGCGUUCAUGCUACUGCAGACCAGCAUGGUGAUGAGGACCUGAUUAUUUCUCGUGAUGCAUCGCCUCUUAGCAUACCUUUUAAACAUGCUAAUAUUUCUGAUUGUGUAUUAGUAGCUGAGAAUGGUUCAGAUUUGGUUCAUAAUGUGGAUAAGGUGGAGCAUAUAGCAACUGUUGCUGAUGAUAACCAUCACAAUGGGAUUCCUCUAUCCUCAUCUUUGAUAUCAUUUGAAGAAUCACUGCCUGGAGCCUCAUUAGCUUCUGAAAAUAGCAGCGAACAUCUGAAGUCAGCCUCCUCCCACCAGAUCCAUCUGCAAGAGGUAAAAGACCUGGAUCCACUUGGCUAUGAGCUCUUGAAAGCACACCAUGUUGAGAGAAAAGAGACUGCAGGAGUUGCUGCUUUACAUUAUGAUAACCAACCCGUAAUGUCAAAAAAUUCACUACAGUCGACUGAUCAUACACUGGAGACCUCCAGUGAAGUCUUCCAUGGCAAUGGCAUGCUUAAUGCUGCUGCUAACCAAGCCACCCAGGUAGAAAACUCAGGCCAGCCUCCCCAUCAACAAGGUAUUCCUGAUCUUGGAAUGCGUCCAGCUGAACCUCAAAUUAACCUAGAGCCACCGUCUCUGCCUCCUUUGCCUCCUAUGCAAUGGAGACUAGGCAGGUUCCAAAAUUCUGCUGCUGCUCCACCGAAGAGGCAAAUGGUACAACAUACACUUGUUCCAGUCCAAGUCCAACCAAUGAGCUUGACGACUAUGCACCAUACCAUGGCUCCAGUACAAUCAAUGACCGUACCAGCUGUGCACCAUUCACUUGCUUCUUUCCAACCAGUGACCUUAGCGGCAGGGACCAGUACACUUGCUUCGAUCCCACCGGGGGCCCUGCCAAUAGCCCUACCAGCAGUACAUUAUACGAUAGCUCCUCUCCAACCAGUGACACCACCAAUUAGUAACUAUGGAACUGAGGCUAUUGCUCGGACAUUUACGAGUGAGGGACAGCUGGGUCAUAUAGAUGAUUAUGUGACACAGCAAGGAAUCUUCAAAACGCCAAUGCCAGUUUCUGUUACUGAUAGUUUUUUCGAGAUUAACACGAGUACAGUUGAAAGACAAAACAAUUUACCCUCUACUGUCCCUUUAACAAUCUCCAACUCAGAUGGUUAUGAGACACAGCAGGGAAUGUUUACACCGCCAAUGCCGGUUAUGGUUCCUGAAGUUUCUUCCAAUGCUAACACAAGUAUAACUGGAAGACAAGACAAUCUACCGUUCGUGGCCUCUUUAUCCUCAUUAAGGUCAAUGAAUGGCACCCAGAUUUUUGAAGAAUCCUUUAAGGCUAAUGUGGAUCAACCUGAAUCAGGAUCAUCGAUUGAAGGCGGCAUUUCUGAGCAUAUUUCUACGGUGGAGUCCCAAGGCAUUGCUGAAACUGCUAUCCGAAAUGAGCUGCAUGGACUUGGUUCCCAGGUGUCGGAAAAAGAAGCAGUGAACUCUUACGUACAACCCAUCUUUUCAUCCACAGUGGACCAGCCAUCCCCAGGUUUGGCAGCUCCUGAAGCGGGAAUAACGUGGUCAAGUGCAUAUGACGCAGUUCCAACUCAUGCAGAUGCCAAUAUAAAUGGAACUUUCCAGAAGAAACCUCCUAGACCUAGAAACCCUCUCAUUGAUGAGGUUGUUGCUAUUGACAAAAGCAAGUUCCGAAAGGUCGAACGAACGAAGCCACAAUUGGAAUCAAAGUCGGAAGAGGGAGAGUCUCUACUGGAACAAAUGCAGUUGAGAAAGGUGGAAAGGAAUAAGCCACCAGUGGAAUCAAAAGUCGAAGGAGGAGAAUACUUACUAGAACAGUUGCAACUGAGAAAGGUGGGAGGAAGGGUAAAACCACCAGUUGAACAGAAAGCUGAAGAGAAGGAGUUUUCACUGGAACAGUUGCAGUUGAGAAAGGUAGGAGAAAGGGUUAAACCCUCAGUUGAGCCAAAAUCUGAAGAGAGGGAGUUUUUACUGGAACAGUUGCACUUAAGAAAGGUAGGGGAAAAGACGAAACAAGAGGUUGAGCCAAAAGUUGAAGAAACUGGAUCACCACUGGCCCAGUUGAGGAAGGUCAAGGAAAGGGUUAGAGAGGAGGCUGAGCCGAAAGCCGAAGAAACAGAAUCUCCACGGGUGCAGUUGAGAAAGGUCAGGGAAAGGGUUAGAGAGGAGCUUGAACUGAAAGCUGAAGAAACAGAAUCUCCACGGAUGCAGUUGAGAAAGGUAGCUGAAAGGGCACAUCCUCUGAUUGGAGAAAAGCCGGAAGAGAGAGACUCUUUGUUUGAACAGAUAAGAAACAAGUCAUUCAGUCUGAAACCAGCAGUUGUAACUAGACCAAACAUUCAAGGUCCAAGAACAAAUUUGAAUGUUGCUGCCAUUUUGGAGAAAGCGAGCACUAUCCGCCAGGCAAUGGCUGGAAGCGAUGAAGAUGAUGAUGAUGGUGAUAGUUGGAGUGAUAGUUGAUACAACUACAACCCACUUUGCCAAUUUGUCAGUGCUGUUUGAAAUUAUAUGUACCCCAUCAGUAAAUAGAUUUAAGGGUGGUUGUAGUUUUGUACCUUACCCUACAUAGAUAUAUGUAUAGUGUCUCUUUUUGUUUUCAUUUUUUCGUGCCACUGCAUAGGAACGUAACAAUAUACAUACAUGAGCUGCCUGAGGUUCUGCGUGUAAGCGCGUCUUUAGGUUUGCCCUUCUGCGCAAUUCAAUGUUAAUAUUGUUUUGUAUUAGUUUUUCGAAUUUUGACAGAGAUGUGUGGCAUCAGACUGAUGUAUAUCCUUGUCGAUAUUGUUCUAAAAUUUUGUGUUCAUAUAUCAAGAUGGUCCUCUGCAUA